AUGUCUAACAACCUGUCAGACGGUGGUUUUCAUGGAAAUUUUGGGGUUACAUGGUUUCCCCGGUGCCGAUUCGGGGGUAGAUUCGGCGGUGUAGCGAUAGGCUGGCCCGCAAAGGGCGGCUACUACAGCCAUUUGUGCUCAGCAGCAGAACUGGUGUUCCUUGGUAUCGAUCGAUUCAAACCCGCCAACAAGUCAGACGAGCCUGACAAAGAGGAGGCUCACUGUGCCAAAAUGCGACAGCUUGGAGCCAAAUGGUACCGCGACCCCUUCCAUCAACUUUCAGACCAAGACAAGAACGACGAUCCGGAUGCUCCCCGCUUGUUCGUGGGCUGGCCGGCCGACGGUGGUGUUUGGGCUAUACAUACUACCUUGUUUGACUCUGAGAAGAGAGGCCUGGGAAGGAUCGGAAACGCCUUUACUAUGUCAGAGCGCUGUGAAGUAAUCAAACAGCUUGGCGGCUCAUUUUAUAACGAUCCUAAGGAGUGCUCUUUUCUUGAUCUCGAUGGCUCUAAAGAUGAAGAAAAUAGAAGCAGUGCUAUGUCUGGUGGCGACAUCUUCUAG